AUGGAUCGUCCCAUGGGGAAUACCCCGGAGGUCCACGCGGAGUGCGAGAAGUGGGAUGCCUGGUACGCUCAGCGCGGACUCACGCGCACCGAAGCCAAACGCCGCUACAUCGGCACCCUGAUCGACACCAUGCACCGCUAUGCCUCGCAAACACCCGAGGCUCGCGAACUCGUCUCCGAACUCGAAUUCGUCUGGGACCAAAUCAAAUACAACGCCUCCUCCUCAUCCUCUUCCUCCCCACUCAACGCCGUCGGCGUCCCACCCUUAUCACAUCACCAAAGCAGCGCUUACGGCAGUAUAGGCGGACGGCUAGCGCAAUCAUCCUCUGAACAAUAUGAAAGACCAGACAUGCGGACAGACGACGCCCGCAACUCCCGCCUUCGCGUCCUCAGCCCCGUCAGCCAACCCGAAGAAGAAGAGUACUACCGCCGCCGCCGGUCCGCAGACGCCCUCGACGAAGACGAGAUAGAAGAUGAAGACGAGGACGACGAAGAAUACGAAGAAGCCCGCGACAGUCUCUACGAACCCCCCGACAACGCCUCCACAAAUACAGAUACCCAUACACACACCGGCACGGACCGCACCGCCUCCCACGGCGACGACCGUCGGCCCCGCGCCCACUCCCGACACAAAUCCAAAUCCACCUCCGGCGCCAGCGACGGCACAAGCCUAAACGGUCCAGACUCACACUCACAAGAUCCAUCGCACCCGCGAAACAGCCGCUGGCGCCGCCGCGUCGAGCAAGCGCUGACCAAAAUGACGGCGGAGAUUGCGGCUGUCCGUGAGCAGAUGGAGGCGCGGACGUUGGCGCAUCGUCGUCGCUCGGGGGUUUGGGCUUGGUUGAAGUGGAUGCUUUGGGUUGUUGUGCGCCAGAUUAUUUGGGAUGUGGCGCUGCUGGGGGUGUUGUUGAUUUGGAUGCGGAUGCGCGGGGACCGGAGGUUGGAGGUGCGGUUGAGAGAGGGUUGGUCUGGUGUUAAGGCACGGCUGGGGAGGGUUAAGCUUCUUCGGCGUGUGCCUCCGAUGCCGUAG